UAUAAAACCAAGACCUUCAAAGCCCGCUCCUCAUUGGUCAAUUUUGAAGAACUAUUACAUCGUACGACCUCGAAGCUUCUCUCAUCCGCAAACCCGUCCUAAACUCAACACCCCAAACCCGAAAACCACCACUGCGAUAUCGUCGAAAAUACCGUUAGCCAUGGCCUCUAUCAUCGCCCGAAGAGCCCUUUCCCAACGGGCAUUCUCUACUACCGCGCGACGCUUCGCUGCCGACCCGGCCCUCAAGGAGGAGACGAAGCGCAACCCCGAACUUAUGAUUCUGGGAGGUGUGAUGGUUCUAGCUCUAGGUGGUGCUGGUCUCUACUUCGGCCGCUCUCCUACCCAAUCCACAUCCGAGGAGCCCGUCGGCCUGGCCAAGUCGGGCAUGCCCUGGGAAACCGGCGCAGCGGAGGGCAAGUACCGAUACCACCCGGGUGGUGACCCGUCUGCCGCCCCGAAGGACGCCCCCAGCGCCGUUAACGUCGUCGUCAUCCCCAACGUCACCCUACCAAAGCGCCUUCACGAAAAGUACAACAAAUGGGGUAAGGAGGGCUACUAGAUAUAUUCUUCGGGAAGAUAUUGGAUCGCUUCUCCGGUUAUUAGAACUAUAAGAGGAUGCGUCAUUUCUAGAUUGACUGUACAUAACCUAGGUCAAGCAUUAGGACAGCUAUUAUUAUUUAUCACCAAAGUCACCAAUC